AUGGGAGGUGUCCAAGUCAGUGAAGGAGACAUCUGCAUCAGGAUGGGAGGUGUCCAAGUCAGUGCAGAAGGCAUCGGCAUGAAGGUGGGUGGCUUCCGAGUUGGUGCAGGAGGCAUUUGCGUCAGGGUGGGAGGCACCCGUGUUUGUGCAGCAGGCAUCUGCAUGAGGAUGAGAGAUGUCCAAGUCAGUGCAGAAGGCAUCUGCAUCAAGAUGGGAGGUGCCCAAGUUGGUGCAGGAGGCAUUGCAUCAGGAUGGGAGGCGUCCAAGUCAGUGUCAGUGCAGGAGGCAUCUGCAUCAGGAUGGGAGGUGUCCAAGUCAGUGCAGGAGGCAUCUGCAUCAGGAUGGCAGGUGUCCAAGUCAGUGCAGGAGGCAUCUGCAUCAGGAUGGGAGGCGUCCAACUCAGUGCAGGAGGCAUCUGCAUCAGGAAGGGAGGUGUCCAAGUCAGUGCAGGAGGCAUCUGCAUCAGGAUGGGAGGUGUCCAACUCAGUGCAGGAGGCAUCUGCAUCAGGAUGGGAGAUGUCCAAGUCAGUGCAGGAGGCAUCUGCAUCAGGAUGGGAGGUGUCCAAGUCAGUGCAGGAGGCAUCUGCAUCAGGAUGGGAGGUGUCCAAGUCAGUGCAGGAGGCAUCUGCAUCAGGAUGGGAGGCGUCCAAGUCAGUGCAGCAGGCAUCUGCAUCAGGAUGGGAGGCGUCCAAGACAGUGCAGGAGGCAUCUGCAUCAGGAUGGGAGGCAUCCAAGUUAGUGCAGGAGGCAUCUGCAUCAGGAUGGGGGGCGUCCAACUCCGUGCAGGAGGCAUCUGCAUCAGGAUGGGACGUGCCCAACACAGUGCAGGAGGCAUCUGCAUCAGGAUGGGAGGUGAACAAGUCAGUGAAGGAGGCAUCUGCAUCAGGAUGGGACACAUCCACGUCAGUGCAGGAGGCAUCUGCAUCAGUAUGGGAGGUGUCCAACUCAGUGCAGGAGGCAUCUGCAUCAGGAUGGGAGGCGUCCAAGUUAGUGCAGGAGGCAUCUGCAUCAGGAUGGGAGGUGUCCAACUCAGUGCAGGAGGCAUCUGCAUCAGGAUGGGAGGCGUCCAAGUCAGUGAAGGAGGCAUCUGCAUCAGGAUGGGAGGCGUCCAAGUCAGUGCAGGAGGCAUCUGCAUCAGUAUGGGAGGCGUCCAACUCAGUGCAGGAGGCAUCUGCAUCAGGAUGGGAGGCAUCCAAGUAA